UACCUAUAUCACGGCUUUUUCAUUCAGACGGAUAACAUAUUAGGUAAUUGAUACUAUGAGAAAAAUCAUUGGGGGCGACGUUUUUUUAUUCAAAUGCAAGUAAAGCAUGUAACGUAUCGACUCGCGUAGUUCCGUUUCCUUUUCGUCUCGUGCGUGUUCGUCGUCCAGUCUGACGUUGCGGUGCGUUUGUUCGCUGGCAAAAUUCAUCUAGUUUGUUCAUAAGACUAUUGAAAUGGAGGAAUAUUCACGAGAGCCUUGCCCAUGGAGGAUAGUCGACGAUUGUGGUGGUGCAUUCACAAUGGGAGCAAUAGGAGGAUCAGUGUUUCAAAGUAUCAAAGGCUUCAGAAAUGCACCCAGUGGCUUAAACAAACGAUUCAGUGGGAGUUUGAUGGCUAUUAAGCAACGUUCACCUCUUAUAGCAGGAAGCUUCGCAGUUUGGGGUGGUAUGUUUUCAACAAUAGAUUGUACGCUUGUUUACUUCAGAAAAAAGGAGGAUCCUUGGAAUUCAAUUAUCAGUGGAGCUGCUACUGGUGGUAUAUUAGCAGCAAGAAAUGGCUUACCAGCCAUGGCUGGUAGUGCUAUUAUUGGUGGAGUUUUGUUAGCGCUUAUAGAGGGAAUUGGUAUUAUGAUCACGAGAAUGACUGCUGAGCAAUUCAAUCCUGCAGCUACAUUUGAGGAUCCUUCACAGCUUGGACCUCCUCCACAAGGAUAUCCAUCAUAAGGUCACAUUUUCUCAGCUUAACCGCUUUAGACGAAAUUUUCAAAAUACUAUAUAAUAGGCAAAGUUGCUUAUUAUGAGGAUUUUCUAUUUGUCAGAAUGACAAAUGUGUAUAAAUUAUCGAGUACUUAGGUUAAGAAAUAAUAAUUGUUCUGUGUUACUACAAGUAGUCUUAUGGUUCUUCUCUAGUUACCCAUUUUAGAAAUGAAAAAAAAAAAAGAAAGGUUACAUCA